AUGGCUCGGGCAAUGUCUUGGUUUCGAGCGACUCCCGAGAUCCCCAGCCCUGGAGAGCAGGACGUGUUUGAUGAGGAAGCAGACGAAUCUCUGUUAGUGCAGCGGGAAUGGCAGGAUCACAUGAGGAAACGAGUCCAAGAAGGUUACAGAGAUGGGAUAGAUGCUGGCAAAGCAGUAACCCUUCAACAGGGCUUCAAUCAAGGCUAUAAAGAGGGUGCCGAUGUCAUUUUAAACUACGGACUACUCAGGGGAACAUUGAGCGCUUUGCUUUCCUGGUGUCACCUUCAUGGUAAUAGUUCAACGCUGAUUGGCAAGAUAAAUAACCUUCUGAAUGCAGUUGGCCAGUGUGAAGAGUGUGUGAUCAAACAUCUGAAAUCAGUUACGUCACCGCCACGCAUUACAGAUUUAUUGGACUCCAUUGAGGAUCUGGACCUUUGUCAUGUAGUCCCGCCUGAGAAAGCUGUUGAAGCAAGAGGUGACACUAGUGCUGACAUUAGCACAGAUGCUGACAGGAGUCCGAAUGGGAUGGAUUGUUCACAUCCAGAAUGUUGCAGAACACAAGAGCAUGCGCAUUUGGAAAAACCAAGCCUCACUUGGAUUCUGGAACAGACAUCCAACUUGGUGAAACAGCUGGGAAUAUCAGUAGACAUAUUACAGCACCUGAGACAACUGUAA